AAGAGAACAGAGGACGUGGGCGUGCCUCCUUGCCUUCCGUCGUUUCUUCUCCAGACUUCACACGGUGAACACGGUUGACUGCUCGCCCUCCUGCAGGCUCUAAGCACGAGGGAAUCACAGGCAUCGGUCCGCCAAAUGCAUACAUCAAAACAACAAUUACCGGCUGAAGAUAAAUAUACAGUCACUCACAGGCGUGUCGCCUGAUCUAUACAGCUAUCGGUUUCGUUCAACGGGAAAAAUGGAUUUUUCUGUGUCGUUUUGGGGAGGAGGUAAGCGAAAGUAGAUACAUGAGAGGAAGGGUAGCAGUCUGAAUAGCAAGGAGGGUGUCUCCGAGAGAGAGAGGGAGGGAGGGAGGGAGAGAGAGAGAAAGAGAGUGACUGGUGCUGUCCUUUCAGAACCACGGAAAGCAGUCACCCCCGGCACAGCAGGCACCUUGCUGCCCGUGGAUGUCAUAAACUGGUUCUACCCAAACCACCACAACAGGAGGAGAGUUGCGUUGGAUUCGGAUUUUAAAAAAUGAAAAACACCAAUUUUAUCAUCUUCUUUACUUCUCGGAUUUAUACCACUAUGAGUUGACGUCCAUUGUUUAUGGGAAGCCAUUGGCUACAAUCAUUUUGGAUUUAAAUGUUACCCUCCAGUAGGUCUGGUUGGUGAUUGAUUUCCACGACAGGUUGGAGAACCAUUGGGGCAUCUGGCAUCAUCAGUGGGCAUAUGUGCUAAAUUAGGCCUAUACAUUUAUUCUUUGAGGAUCUGUAGCCUGUAAUAGCAGCAGCCUACUCUCUCCCCCCCUCCCCUGGUAAUCCCGGGUGUGCAUGUGUUGCACUUGCAAGCGUUCUCCCUCCCUCCCGUUGAGGCGUGCGGUGCUCGUAGAGUUGCCGUUGUGAUGCCGGGAACUUGCUGGAGACAUGCCUAAGGGACGCAAUGGGCUUGAGCGAUGAAAAGGAUCGCAUUGUGAUAAACGUGGGAGGGAUCAAACAUCAGACAUACCGCGGUACCCUGCGUACCCUGCCCGGCACCCGCUUAUCCUGGCUCGCCGAACCCGACGCGCCUAGCCACUUCGACUGGGACGACAAACAUGAGGAAUUCUUCUUCGACCGCCACCCGGCUGUUUUCGCACAUAUCCUUAAUUAUUACCGGACAGGUAAACUGCACUGCCCUGCGGAUGUCUGCGGACCACUGUAUGAGGAGGAACUGGCCUUCUGGGGCAUCGACGAGACGGACGUGGAGCCGUGCUGUUGGAUGACCUAUAGCCAGCAUCGGGAGGCGGAAGAGGCGCUUGAUAGUUUUGGUGGGGGGGCACUGCUCGACCUGACUGGUAACGAUGAUCCAGACCCGGAGGUUGCGGCCGACCAGGGGGACGGGGUUGGUGAUGAGGCAGAUGAGAUGACGAGGAGGCUGGCGCAGGGGGACUCUCCAGACGCCAAGGCAGGGGGACUUUGGGGCCGCUGGCAGAAACGCAUGUGGGCUCUGUUUGAAGACCCCUACUCCUCUAAAUAUGCAAGGUGGAUAGCCCUGGCCUCUCUGUUCUUCAUCCUGGUGUCCAUCUCCACCUUCUGCCUGGAGACCCACGAGUUCUUCAACCCCAUCGUGAACCGCACCGAGCUGGAGCUGGUGGAUAACGUGACGGUGGAGCAUGUCUACCAGGAGACGGAGACGGUGGUCUACCUCACCUACAUCGAGGGCGUCUGCGUGGUCUGGUUUACCUUUGAGUUCAUGAUGCGAGUCAUAUUCUGUCCGGACAAGAUGGAGUUCAUGAAGAAAGCUCUCAACGUUAUCGACUUCGUGGCUAUCUUACCGUUCUACCUGGAGGUCGGGCUGAGCGGGCUUUCGUCUAAAGCGGCUAAGGAUGUUCUGGGGUUCCUGAGGGUGGUGAGGUUUGUCAGGAUCCUGCGUAUCUUCAAGCUGACCCGUCACUUCGUGGGCCUGAGGGUUCUGGGUCACACGUUACGAGCUAGCACCAAUGAGUUCCUCCUCCUCAUCAUCUUCCUCGCCCUGGGAGUCCUCAUCUUCGCCACAAUGAUCUACUACGCCGAACGGAUGGGAGCAGACCCGACCGACCCGCGCGCCAGCGAGCACACGCACUUCAAGAACAUCCCCAUCGGAUUCUGGUGGGCCGUUGUUACCAUGACGACCCUUGGCUACGGCGACAUGUACCCCCAGACGUGGUCGGGCAUGCUGGUCGGCGCACUGUGCGCCCUGUCGGGUGUACUGACCAUCGCCAUGCCCGUCCCCGUGAUCGUCAACAACUUUGGAAUGUAUUACUCCCUGGCCAUGGCGAAGCAGAAGCUACCAAAGAAGAAGAACAAGCAUAUCCCCCGAGCACCCCAACCGGGAUCACCCAACUACUGUAAGUCCAGCAUCAACUCUCCUCCGACGCCCCAUAAAGCACCGCUCCUUCCUGAAAGCCCGAACUUAGUCCACCCCGUUUUGGCUCUGGCUCAAAACAUGGCUCUGACACACGACGACGUCUUCGAAGUAAAGUUUCCAGAUUCCAAGCUGAAUGGGGAGGCGGCCAACGCAGCACUAGCCAAUGAGGACUGUCCUCAUAUAGACCAGGCCAUCUCGCCAGAGGAGAUCUUCAGCCCCAGUGAGCGAGAACGGCCUUGUUGUCUCGUCACCACAGCUGCAGAACGACCCAACCACACGGGGGGAAGAGUCAGGAGGGAGACCACCCAGCGACAGCCCCGGAGCAGACCACCAGCAUCAGAUUCAGUUUGUGUAAUGAACCAUGGUGUUCCCACCACUAUAUGUCUAUCCCAUAAUAAGACCCCCCCACCCCAACGCCAGCCCCCCACCUGAUAAUACAGUAGCUUUGUUUGUUGUGUGUAUAAAAUGAGGAGUUUUAAACAAAUGGGUGUUACACUGGCAACCUGUACAUCACAGACCAAAUGGCACCCUAUUCCCUAUGUAGUGCACUAGUUUUGAACAGGGUUAUACCCACCUAUGCAGGCCCUGGUCAAAAGCAGUGCACUACAUAGGGAAUAGUGAAGCCAUUCGGUUUUAAGACACAUCCUAACUCAGCAUAGAUGUAGCACAGAGGGAGUGUUGUUGUCAAGCCUUAGGGUAGCUCAGUAUCUGUGACUGGUUAUUGUGCUGUAACGUGCUGUAAUGCUCUGUGCCUAUUUUGUGCCUAGUGCCUGUAUAUUAGCUUUCGUGUGCAGAAGUUGUGUACUAGUAUUCCCAAAUGUUUUUUGAUUGAUUAUCAAAUAUUUGUGUGCUGCUUCUGUUAAAAAAAAAAAAAAUGUUUUUGCUUCGAUAACUAGAAUGAGAUUCUAGAACGAGAUUCUAUUUCUAGAAUCCUCAACAAAUUAUCAGCAAGUGUAUAGUAAAUUGCACUGUCAUAGUCACUUCUGAAUGACAAUAAUAAUGAUAGAGGAUCAUAUUAAUAAUAAUAUUAAUAUUAAUAAUAACAAUGAGGAUCAUAUUAAU